CAAGCCACUAGUCUAUGCAUAUAUGUCACUCGACACCCCGAUAUUGGAGUAGCCUAAAUCCAUCCAGGCUCUGCCAGGCAAUGACAUUUGUCUUGCUGCUGUGGCCAAGCUUGCAACCUCAACGUUGCCGAGAUACAAUCGGCAUCAAUUCUACGACGCAGCUUGGGAGCCACCACCGCCCAUCAUGGCUCCAUCCUCGACGUCCAUGUUCCGCUCAGCGGACAUGAGCAUGGUGCAGCUGUAUAUCUCAAAUGAAAUCGGAAGAGAGGUCGUCAACGCUCUUGGAGAGCUUGGUUUGGUCCAGUUCCGUGAUCUGAACAGCGAUGUCACCGCCUUCCAGCGAACUUUUACACAGGAAAUCCGACGCCUCGACAAUGUCGAACGCCAGCUCCGCUACUUCCACGGUCAGAUGGAAAAGGCCAAAAUCCCUCUGAGGAAGCUGGAUCUCGAUGUCGAAAGCCUCGCUUCUCCUACCACGCACGAGAUCGAUGAGCUGGCUGAGCGCAGCCAGAGCCUCGAGACACGAGUCGCGUCCCUCAACGAGAGCUACGAAACCCUCAAGAAGCGAGAGGUUGAACUGACCGAGUGGCGAUGGGUUUUGAGGGAGGCAGGUGGCUUCUUCGACCGGGCUCACGGCAAUGUGGAGGAAAUUCGACGAUCUACUGAGGAUGACGAUGCUCCUCUCCUGCAGGACGUUGAGCAGCACGGACAGGCUCCGGAUGCCGAUCGAUCCUUCACCGGCAUGAACAUCGGCUUCGUUGCCGGUGUCAUCCCUCGUGACCGUACUGGUCCAUUUGAGCGCAUUCUCUGGCGUACCUUGCGCGGUAACCUGUACAUGAACCAGUCCGAGAUCCCAGAGCCUCUAGUCGACCCCACGACAAACGAGACUGUCAAUAAGAACGUCUUUGUCAUUUUCGCUCACGGCAAGGAGAUUUUGGCCAAGAUUCGUAAGAUCUCCGAGUCUAUGGGCGCAGAGCUCUACAAGGUCGAUGAGGACAGCAACGAGCGUCGGGACCAGGUGCACGAGGUCAACGUCAGACUUAAUGAUCUCCAGAACGUGCUCAGAAACACCCAGAACACGCUGGAGGCUGAGUUGACUCAGAUUGCCCAGUCGCUCUCCGCCUGGAUGAUUCUCGUCACCAAGGAGAAGGCCGCAUACCAAACGUUGAAUCUUUUCUCCUUCGAUCGUCAGCGACGUACUCUCAUUGCAGAAGCUUGGUGUCCGACAAACGAUCUGCCUCUCAUUCGCUCGACUCUACAAGAUGUCACCAAUAGAGCAGGUCUCUCUGUCCCCUCCAUCAUCAACGAGAUCCGGACCAACAAGACACCUCCCACAUACCUCAAGACUAACAAGUUCACCGAGGCCUUCCAAACUAUCAUCAACGCUUAUGGUACCGCUACUUACCAGGAGGUCAACCCUGCCCUUCCUGCUAUAGUCACCUUCCCUUUCCUGUUCGCUGUCAUGUUUGGUGACUUUGGACAUGCUGUCAUCAUGCUGCUUGCUUCGUUGGCCAUGAUUUACUGGGAGAAGCCCCUCAAGAAGGUUACCUUUGAACUGUUCGCCAUGAUCUACUAUGGUCGCUACAUUGCUCUCGUCAUGGCCGUCUUCUCGCUCUACACUGGUCUUAUAUACAACGACGUCUUCUCUAUGUCGUUCACUUUCUUCGACAGUGCAUGGAAGUGGGACGUCCCCGAAGGUUGGGAGGAAGGCAAUACCCUGACCGGUGUCGUCAAGAGCGACUACCGAUAUCCUUUCGGUCUGGACUGGAGAUGGCACGGAACCGAGAAUGACCUUCUCUUCAGCAACAGUUACAAGAUGAAGAUGAGUAUUAUCCUCGGAUGGGCUCACAUGACCUACUCACUUGUGCUUUCUUGGUUCAAUGCCCGCCAUUUCAAGAAGCCUAUCGACAUAUGGGGUAACUUCCUUCCGGGCAUGAUCUUUUUCCAGUCGAUCUUUGGCUAUCUUGUCAUCUGUAUUAUCUACAAGUGGUCGGUUGACUGGCCUGCUAAGGGUGCUUCCCCACCCGGAUUGCUCAACAUGUUGAUCUACAUGUUCUUGCGACCAGGAGAGUUAGAUGGACAACUCUACCCUGGACAGGCUACUGUUCAGAUUAUUCUACUUCUCCUUGCUUUCAUCCAAGUUCCUAUUCUUCUGUUUUUGAAGCCGUUCUAUCUUCGCUGGGAGCACAACCGAGCUCGCGCUAAGGGCUAUCACGGUAUCGGUGAAAACUCGAGAGUGUCUGCCCUCGAUGACGAUGACGAGGGCAAUGGACACAUUGGCAAUGGUAGAGCCAGCUUCGAGUCCGAAGAUGGUGGUGGUGGUGCCGCAAUCGCCCAGGUCGACGAGGGUGAAGAAGGACACGGCGAGUUCGAGUUCAGCGAAAUCAUGAUUCACCAAGUCAUCCACACUAUCGAAUUCUGCUUGAACUGUAUCUCCCAUACUGCUUCAUAUCUUCGACUUUGGGCCCUGUCUCUCGCUCACCAGCAGCUCAGUAUUGUCCUUUGGCAGAUGACCCUUGAACCCGCGCUCGCCAAGACAGGCGUUGUCGGUGUCAUCAUGAUUGUGGUCGCAUUCUACCUUUGGUUCUUCCUUACCUGUGCUAUCCUUAUUGCCAUGGAAGGAUGUUCUGCCAUGUUGCACUCUCUUCGUCUACAAUGGGUCGAAGCGCAAUCCAAGUACGCAGAAUUUGCUGGUCACAUGUUUACGCCCCUUUCUUAUGGCACUCUAUUAGAAGAGGACGAGGGGUUGGCAGAGUUCAGGGGUUAAACCCUUCGAUGUUGUGAACUGAUUAUGUAUAGAUACAAUUGUAGGUUCGAGGUCGUAGUCAUAGCAUAGAGAAACAACUGUUAUAUACGAAACGUUACU